GCCACAAUUCAUUUUUUAUCAUCUUUCUCUACUCUUCGCUUCCGCCGCAAGCACCGCGCUCCGUCGCCUCCUCGACCUCGCCGCCGACGCCGCGAUGCCGGAGGACGUCGAGAUUAACGACUCCCAGCCCCAGCCCCAGCCCGCCGCCGCGGCGGCAGCGCCCGUCGCCGCAGCGCCGGCGGUCUCCACCUUGCAACAUCUGAAGGAGAUCGCUUCGGUGGUCGAGGCUGGGUCCCUGACCAAGGAGGUUCGCCGGAUCUCCCGCGCCGUGCGCCUCACCGUCGCGCUCCGCCGCCGCCUCGCCGCCAGCGAUGUCGCGGCCUUCCUCGCCUUCGCGCUGCCACAUUCGUCCGAGGCCUUCACACGCCUCUCCUCCCUCCUGCCCAAGGAAGAUGGAAGUGAAAUGGAUGUUGAUUCAGCAACUUCGGUGGCUCAAGUAUCAAUCAAGCAUGGUCUCCCAGAGAUUGAAAUAUACUGUUACUUUCUUGUCCUGAUUUUCCUUAUUGACAAUAAGAGAUAUGAUGAGGCUAAAACAUGUGCUUCUGCAAGCAUUGCUCGUUUGAAGAAUCUUAACAGGAGAACAAUUGAUGUUUUAGCUUCUAGGAUUUACACAUAUUACUCUUAUGUUCAUGAACUCACCCACAGCCUCGCCGAAAUUCGUGGAACUCUUCUGGCAUUGCACAGAAUGGCAACUUUACAUCGUGACGAGCUCGGUCAGGAAACUCUACUCAACUUGCUUCUUCGCAACUACCUGCACUAUAACUUGUAUGACCAAGCAGAAAAGCUUAGGUCAAAGGCACCACGUUUUGAAGCGCAUUCUAAUCAGCAGUUUUGCAGAUAUCUGUUCUACUUGGGAAAAAUUAGGACAAUUCAGUUGGAAUACACUGAUGCAAAGGAAAGCCUACUGCAAGCUGCUCGAAAGGCACCCACUACAGCUCGUGGGUUCCGAAUUCAGUGCAACAAAUGGGCUAUUAUAGUGAGGUUACUUUUAGGAGAAAUACCAGAGAGAACUGUUUUUAUGCAAAAAGGAAUGAAGGCGGCUUUGGCACCAUAUUUUGAGCUUACAAAUGCUGUUCGAGUUGGGGACCUGGAGUUGUUCAGAGCAGUGGCAGAAAAAUUUGUUAGCACUUUUAGCGCAGACAGGACACGCAAUUUGAUUGUGAGGCUGCGCCACAAUGUCAUUCGGACUGGAUUGCGCAACAUAAGCAUUUCAUACUCACGGAUCUCCCUUGCUGACAUUGCCAAGAAGCUGAGGUUGGACUCUGAUAACCCUGUUGCUGAUGCUGAAAGCAUUGUAGCUAAAGCAAUCAGGGAUGGGGCAAUUGAUGCCACAAUUGAUCAUGCAAAUGGUUGGAUGGCGUCGAAAGAAACUGGCGAUGUUUACUCAACAAAUGAGCCACAAAUCGCUUUCAAUUCCAGGAUUGCAUUUUGCCUGAACAUGCACAAUGAAGCGGUCAAAGCACUGAGGUUCCCUCCAAAUUCUCAUAAGGAAAAGGAGAGCGCUGAGAAGAGGCGUGAGAGGCUCCAGCAGGAGGAAGAACUAGCGAAGCACAUGGCUGAGGAGGACGAUGACGACUUUUAGAUCGAUGAUUUCUUUUCAUGCUUUCAGCCUCUGCUGCCCCAAAUGUUUCAUUUUGACGAAGCAUGGACCAUCACAGAUUUUAGAGGCGCGAGAUCUCGAAAGCCACCACUGCUUUCUGGGGUAGUUGAAACCUGAAACUGUCAACAUUUAAUUCAGUGUGUUCUAUCUAUGUUAGCAAUUUUUUUUAUCACCAAAAUGACUUAGAAUGCAAUGUAUUUUUUCAUGAAAUACUGUACCUUUCAAUCCCUGGAGGCACUCUGCAAUCUACGCUGCA